AUGACUCUGUUUCGUCCGCUUCUGUUGCGUUCUUGGCCAAAUACGCUCUAUUCUCCAAGCCCAACAGCUGUGAACACAAUCCUUUACGGUUUCUUUCCUCCCAAUCCUUUGAAUUGCGUUAUAAUUCUCUUGGAGUUUCGCUUGACAACAUUCUCACAGUCGGAAGAUAAAUAUUAUAAUAAGCGGGAACUCCUCUCUUCGUUGUGUCAACUUGAAAAUGGGACCAACAGCUCGACGCACUCACUGGUCUGGGGCGGGGAAGAGAAGCUCGGGAAUGAAUACAGAGUAAGAAAGAUUUUUGACGAUUACGGACACGGGCAACUCAACCCCGCCAACUCAACCCCUCCAACUCAACCCCGCCAACUCAAUCCCAAAAACUCAACCCCUCCAACUCAACCCCGCCAACUCAACCCCUCCAACUCAACCCCGCCAACUCAAUCCCGCCAUCUCAACCCCUCCAACUCAACCCCUCCAACUCAACCCCGCCAACUCAAUCCCGCCAACUCAACCCUCCAACUCAACCCCUCCAACUCAACCCCUCCAACUCAACCCCACCAACUCAAUCCCGCCAUCUCAACCCCUCCAACUCAACCCCUCCAACUCAACCCCGCCAACUCAAUCCCGCCAUCUCAACCCCUCCAACUCAACCCUGCCAACUCAACCCCUCCAAUUCAACCCCGCCAACUCAACCCCACCAACUCCACAAUGCUUUACGAUUUACUUUAUUAA